UGGAGCAGGACUGGCUGUCAGGUCUGAUCUGCUUUUAGAGUGGGCUGGACCCCCCGAGAUUUCUGUUCUGUGGGAAAUUGCGACAUUUUGGGGGUAAAAACUUCGCUCGGCAUUAGAAUGAAAUUCCCAGGAAACAUGAAUUCUGAGGACGUUCAGUUCGGGGCCACGGAGACAUUUCAUGUUGAAUAAUGUUGGGGUUCUUUUUACUUCCCUUCUGGUUUUUGUAAUCCUUAGGGUCACGCUCAGUCCAUGUUUCCAAGGAUUUCUCGGAAGACAUGACGGCUAGAAACUCAAGCAAGCUAGAUUUGUAAGAAAUCCCAUGACUCCAAAAGCUAGGGCCUUACGCGAAGCACCAAAUAUCUUCACCCGCCACCCCCUCUUCUUUUUAUGCAUGGGAUCCUUCCGCUUGGGGUUUCUUUGUUUGGAAUGACAGGGAGGACGGGUUUUGCUUCGUCUUGGUCGCUGUCAUUGACGGUGGAGCUGUGACAAUGUGCCAGGCGCUGUACAAGAUCCAGAAAGAUGCAGUUUUAGCUUCAGGGGCGCGGCCAGAGCGCACUGCGGCUCUGGCUAUUCUUUGUCCCCCCCCUCCCCAACCCAUAGGGGGCAGCUCCUAGGAGCCUGGAGCAAGGAUGGUGGGAUCCCUUUGGGCCCCCUUUGCAUUCCCUGUAUUUUGAGCCCUGCCUGGUCCACUCGGUGCAGCCUCAGGGCUGCUCUAACGCAUGCUGCGCCCCUUCUGGGCCCUGGAGAGCAGAGAAUAGACACAGCGCAGGGCGCUCCGGCUGCGGCCCCGAUCCACCCCUACUUCCGGGGCUUUGAGCAGGGCCCUUACACCAGCCCCCGGCAGACUGGGGAGGCCCCCUGUGGGUGGGAGAUUCUCAGGGCAGCCAUUCCCACCCCAGAGCCUCCCAGGGGGACCUGAGCGUGACUGAGAAGCAGGACCCAGGAGUCCGUGAAAACCAAAGACCCAAGAACUGAUUCCCAACCGAGCCCAGGUUUGCCCUCAGUCGCCCCGGCGGAAAUCGACUGGAUUCCCCCUCCAAAGCCUGCCGCCGGGCCACGUUCUUUCUGCCGCGGAGGGUGUCCCGUUUGACCUUAUUAGGGGAUAUUUUCCCUCACUCUCUUUCUGUUUGAAGCCUGGGGAUUUGGGUGGGGGAAUCUGGAAAGCGGCAUUAGCUCAGGAAUGCGACUGGCACCCAAUCCGAGGGAACUGCUGGGAGUGUGUGUAAACCCACCCUGGUUUCUGUGCACGGAGCAGGCGUCCCCUCCACCGCUGCCCUGCUGGCGGGCAGCCGGGCCUCAUGCCCGCCCCCGGGGUCGUCAAACCCCCUCGCGGCUUCUGUUGCUGCUUGUCGUGUGGUACCGCCCUGGUCGGGAGUCGUGGGUUGCGCUAGGCGCAGUGUGGCCUAGUGGAUCGAGCGCUAGACUGGGACACAGGAAACCUGGGUUGUGUCCUCCGCUGGGUGAUCGUGGGAAAGUCCCUGGCCCCUCUGUGCCUCAGUUUACCCAAAUGCGGCUAAUGAUACUGACUUCCUUGAUAUAGUUCUUUGAGAUGUGACUGCUAACAGGAGUUAGACCAGGGAGGAGAACUCCGAACUCUCCGGGGAGGGAAGCUCUGGAACAGGCGGCCCAGGGACCUUGCGGGAUCCCCGUCACUGGGGGCUUUUAAGAACAGGCUGGACAAACCCCGGUCAGGGCCGGGCUAGGUUAACUCGGUCCGGCCUCAGCGCAGGGGGUUGAACGCGAUCACCUCUCGGGGUCCCUUCCAGCCCGAAGUUUCUAUGAUGAAAAGCGCUAGGGAUUGCUGUUGCCCUCCUCACAACCGCCGCGGGAGACAGGGAAGGAUCCUCCUGCUCAUUGUAUAGGUGGGGAAACUGAGGCAGAGGGGACUCCACGUCAGAUUGGUUUUCUGGUUACCACACCGGGCUGGGCUUGAAGAGAUCCGGGUUGGAUUCCUGGCGCUGCCACAGACUCACUAUGGAAUCUAGGGCCCUUCGUGUAUCUUUGGGCCUCAGUUUCCCCAUGGGGUGGAUGAUUCUUCCUUUGUCUAUAGGGCGUAUCUAGAUGGGGAUGUUACUCCGGAUUAAGGUAGGGUGUGAACCGUGCACCAAGCGAAGUGCCUUUUUCCGACUCAGCUUAUUCCACUUCCGAAGUGGAUCGGACUGGAAGUUCUUUGGGUCGGGGGUGGCUCUGGGUCUGUGCAGCACCCGGCGCGGUGGGGCCCCAAUCUUAGCUGGGACCUCUGGGUGCUACCGUAAUAGACCUAAAAGUUGCUCCACCUGUAACCCCAGACCCGACCCUGUGCAACACCCGGCAUGAUGGGGCCUGGACCUUAUCAGGGGCUGCUAGGUCCUACCAAAAUAUACCAAAUAAUAAAAAAUACUACACAGGGCGUUUGUAGCAGAGCUGGAGACUGACAGCCCCAUGCCCUAACCUCAAGGCCAGCCUGCGUCUGCUGGCGGGGGUGGGAACCUACUUGUAUUUGGGUUUAUUUCGGGGGGAGGCUGUCUUGUCCCAUCAACCCCCCCAUCUUUUUCCGUUGGAUCCUUCCGUCUAGAACGUGAAGGGGGACGGUCGUUGCUACGUCUCCAUCCCCAUUAUCGAUGAGCUGCGAUUGCCUUCAACGUGCACCUGACACCUGCUGCUGGCCGGACGUCCGUCGCAGACCACAGCACCAUGCCUGAGGGAGCCCGUCGAGGCAGCAAGAAGAAAGCAGGCAGUCAAGUGGCCGCCAGACCAUCCUCCGUGUCCUCACUGAGCGGGAUCGCCGGCGGCAUGGCCGCCGCCGCCAUCUCGGGCAGCUGCACCUCGGUCAACACGGUGUGCUCGGACGGCGAGCGGCCCGUCAGCCUCAGCUCCUCCGCUUCCUCCGCCUCCCUGCCCGACAGCCAGAGCGCCUUCGGCAGCAGCGGGGCCUUGGGCGGGGGCUGCCCCGCCGGCUACCCGCCCGACGCCCAGCAGAACGGCAGCGACAUCAGCCUCGAUCUCACCCCGGUGGCGCUGCUGGAGGGGCCGGCCGAGGGGCCCCCGGGGGGCGCCAAGUGUGGCGGUGGCAAUGCCUGGUCCCCCGGGCCUGCCAGAGCCAGGGAACGGCGGGUCAAGCUGUCCCAGCUGGACCGGGUGGUGCUGGAGAUUGUGGAGACGGAGCAGGCGUACGUGCGGGACCUGAGAAGCAUCGUGGAGGAUUAUCUUGGCUGUAUCAUAGACAGUGGACAUCUGCCCCUCAAACCCGAGCAAGUAAGCGCUUUGUUCUGCAACAUCGAAGACAUCUAUGAGUUCAACAGUGAGCUCCUGGAAGAGCUGGAGAGCAGCAGCAGCGCCCAUGCCAUCGCCGAGUGCUUCGUGCAACGGAGCGAGGAAUUUGACAUCUACACCCUGUACUGCAUGAACUACCCCAACUCGGUGUCGGUGCUGCGGGAGUGCAUGGAGAACCAGGUGCUGGCGGGGUUUUUCCGAGAGCGCCAGGCCACGCUGUGCCACUCUCUGCCCCUGGAGACCUACCUGCUAAAACCUGUCCAGAGGAUCCUCAAAUACCAUCUCCUGCUGCAGGAGCUGGCCCGGCACUGUGAGCGGAGCAGCGCAGGCUACGAGGCGGUGGAGGAAGCCAUCAUCACCAUGACGGCCGUGGCCUGGUACAUCAACGACAUGAAGCGGAAGCAGGAACACGCUGCCCGGCUGCAGGAGCUGCAGGGGCUGCUGGUGGGCUGGAUGGGGCCGGAGCUGGAGGCCUUCGGGGAGCUGGUGCUGGAGGGGCAGUUCCGGGUGCAGCGGGUGCGGCGGGAACGCGCCUUCUUCCUCUUCAGCAAGAUGCUGCUGGUUGCCAAGCGCCGCGGGCCGGCCUUCGUCUACAAGAGCCACAUCUUCUGCUGUAACCUGGCCCUGUCGGAGAGCCUCAAGGACCCCCUGAGCUUCAAGAUCUCGGACCUCACCAUCCCCAAGCAGCAGCACGUGGUGCAGGCCAGGAACCAGGAAGAGAAGCGGGUGUGGAUCCAUUACCUGAAGCGUCUGAUCGUUGAGAACCACCCGGCGUCUAUCCCUCAGAAGGCCAAGCAAGUGCUGCUGGAGAACAGCUUCCAAAGCUCCCCGGAGAUCCGCUGCAGCCCGGAGCCCCUGAAGACGCCGGCCCCCUCUCCAAGGAUGGAGGACGCCUGGGGCUUCCCCCGCAGCAGGCGGCAGUCAGAGCCGCCCAAAUUCAUGUGCAGCCCGGAGAGAGCCCGCAAAAGCUGCCCCGUCAUCCAGCUGGACGGCGCCAUUCAGUACCGCCGGGGGCGCAGGCAAUCCGAGCCGGCCACUGAGCUGAGCCAGAUGGGGCAGGAGCAGAACGGUCGCUGUCGGGGGCUCCCGGCCACCCCCAAAUUGAAGCACGCGGGCAGCGAGGGGGAGCUGUUCCCCGCCCCACCGCCACUGGCGCUCUCGGGCAGCGUCUGCACCCUGGACUCCAGCGUGGCCGAGGAGUCAGACCCCGGCGAGGACGCCGAGUCGCCCCCGUUCUGCCUGGCCGAGGAGCCGCUGUCCAUCACCGAGGAGAUCCUGGAGCUGCUCACCCAGAGGGGGCUAAGCAGGGACCUGGGGACAGAGGAGACGCCCUGGGGGCAGGGGGAGCAGCGCCCCGGGAGCCCCACUCCACAGCCGGAGCAGGAUCCGCCUCUGAGCCGAGCCGUGCUGGGAGAACGAGCCGAGGGAAGCGAGGUUCAGGAGGGAGACGCUGCCGAGCGAGACGAGCCCCACCCUGGCAGCCUCGGCGUGACGCAACCCCUCCCACCGCGCCAUCCCCCUCGCAGCGAAUUGGAGGAGAAGCAGGAGCGGGGCCCUUCCCCUCUUUGUGUCCUAGAAGACCUGGGUGCAGAGGAGGCCGCCGGCAAGCCAGAGGUCCUGGCAGGGGAUAACGCCCUGCGUGCGGGGCGGGAAGCGUGCAGCGGGGAGCUCGGCUCCACCGAUGGGGCCUGCCCCCCGUACAGGGAUGGGUCAGCGCGGGACUCGCCGCUGACCCGAGACGACCGGCUGCUGAUUGAGAAGAUCAAGUGCUACUAUGAGGCGGGCGAGGCUGCCCCAGACCCCCCCGCUCGGGAGGGCGCCCUCUCCGCCCCCGCCGGCAUGGUGCGGGACUCUGUGCUCCACCUCAACCGCCUCCCCCAGCAGGAGGGUGCCAUGGACCGCGAGGGGGGCGGGGCUUCUUGGGCCAAGGCCCGCCCUGCCCGCCAGGAGGAUGCUAGGAGGAGGUGGGGCCAGUUUCUUGACCAAAACACCACCCCUCAUGACGCCAACCAAGAGGAUUCUGGGAAGGGAGAGGGCCCGGCCUUUGAUCAAGGCACUCAAUUUGGUGCCAACCAAGAGGCCCACGAGGAUGCUGGGAAGGGACAGGACCAGCCUAUCAACCCAGACAUCCAUGGCACCAACCAAGAGGAUGCGGGGAAGGGGCGGGACCAGCUCACCGACCAAGGUACCGAAGCUGGCGCCAACCAAGAGGAUGCUGGGAAGGGGCGGGACCAGCCUGCCAGCCAUGUUGCCCUGCCCCCUGCCAGCCAGGAGCCCGAGUACAAGUCGUGCGCGGAGAUCCGGCGGGCCUGGCGGGAGAAAGAGCGGGGGGCGGCGGACGCCCUGGGAGCACGCACCCCCCGCGUGAAGCAGGGCAGCAAAGGGUCGGCGGCCGCCCGCGAGCCCCCACCGUUCCUGGAGCCCCUGUGGAUUGUGGAGGAAUCGGAUCUGGCUGCCCCGCCCCGGCUGUCCUGUGGCGACGCGGUCCCUCGUGCCGAUGGUGUCCCGCCCGCCGGCUACGCCCCCCUGCCAGGGUUAUAUGAGGACACUGCCCCUUGCCUGCUGGAGAACUCGGAGCGGAUCCUCAGCAAGGUGCAAGCCCUGGCGCGGAUGUACAGCGAGAAGAUCAGCCGGGCCAAGACGGCCCGGAGGCCGCAGGACGGGCCGCGCCGCCCGGCACCCAGCAGGAUGGGCACCCUGGAAAGCCUGCGGGAGGAGAUGCCAGGGCCCUGCCUCCCUCGCUGCGAGCCCCGGCUUUACGGCCACGUGCUCAUCCGCGAGCCCUCCCUGCACGUGAACUGCGUCCAGGAGAACGUGCUGCUGGUGGCUGCCGCCCGAGGGAACGCCCUGGAUCUGCGCAGCGACCGGCCUGCACCCCUCCUGGCUUCCCGGUGCCUGGGUUCGUCCCCAGCAGAGGAGCCGGGAGCCGCCCGGCAGGAGCCUCCCCCCCCCGCUGGUGGAAUCACCCCCGAAGCUCAGCGGGGACCCCCCGAGCCCAGGCGAUCCGGUUGGGGAAGGCCCCGUCAUGGGCAGCUCUCCCCCGCCGGCUCCUGAUGCUACCAGUGGAACUGGCACGACACCCGAAGCCAGGGAUUUUGAGGGAGCCGGGUGCCCGUCGGUGCCUGGCUGCCGAGCCGAGCUGGUGGUCUGCGGGCGCCGGGGUGAGCCAAGCGCCAGGG